AUGGAGGAUAAGAUGCCGGCGCCUGUCACCCGUCGUGCGCGGACAUUCGGGCGGUGGAUGAAAGGGCCUGAGCCUCCGAGGAUAUAUCACAUCAAGCCCUUGCUUGAGCCGGUCCAAACGUUCCCUACGCGGCUUUUGGGCCGGCUUCCGAAGGUCGCGCGAAUCGGUCUUUACAUACUAGCUUUCGUGAUUUGGAUUGUUCCAUUCGGAGUUCUUCUUAGCAAAAACGGUCUUCCCAAAGAUAUUGGGGGUUAUGGCGCUCCCGUCAGGCUGUCAUGCAUCGCAAGACUUUGGCCAGAUCCUCGGAGCUGCGGACUUGAUGGCAGGAACUGUCUUCCGUUCGACGAUUCGAGCUUCGCUUUCAGUUGCCCUGCUGAAUGCGCAAGUGUCCAAGUCCUAAACCCCUACACGAUCGGCGAAGAACAAAUCAUAUACCGCUCGCUAGUCGUAGGCGGCGCUUCAGAUGGCUCAGAGGCGAAUGAGCCGGUAUAUCGCGGUGACUCUUUUAUAUGCGGGGCUGCAAUCCACGCUGGCAUACUCAAAGAUUCGCGGGGAGGCUGUGGAGUUCUCUCGUUAGUUGGUGAGAAGGAGAGCUACGGCUCCACUUUCAAGAACGGGAUCACAAGCGUUGGGUUCAACUCAAGCUUCCCUCAAUCCAUCGACUUCAACCAGUCCGAUACGGUUAUGAGCGAUGCAGCGAAGUGCCGCGAUCCUCGGUGGGACCUCCUCACUCUAUCCACCAUCUUCACCUCAAUCUUCUCGCUCUUUACUUCUCAUCCCGCUACCUUCUUUGGCCCUGUUUUCGUCAUUGUCUAUUUCCAAAUAGCCAUGGCUUCCGACCCUCCUUCAUACACUGAUUACGCGUCCCUAGCGUCCACCGCGCUCGGCAACUUCCUCCCUGCCGCUUUCGUGGCAGCAUUGAUAUACCGCUUCACUAUACGGAAGACACUGAAAGGCGUUAAAGCGCAAUUCGAGAAGACUGUCCUAUGGAUAGGCGGUUGCUGGGUUGGCGCACUCAGCAAUGUCACAUUUGAGAAAAUACCGAUCCAACGCCUCACGCCCCAUGACCUCAAUCAGCAGCCAGGAGCUAUAACGGCGCUAGUCUUCAUCGUCCUUAUUCUCACUGGUGUCGCACUCUACCAAGCCUGGUGCUUCAGGAACGAACGUCGGCUGCUACGCUACCUAGCCCUCUACGCUACUCUGGGAAUUGGGCUCCUCAUCCUCCUCGCCAUGCCAUCCCUGAAUCUCCGUAUCCAUCACUACAUCCUGGCGCUACUUCUUCUCCAGGGGACUGCCCUCCAGACGCGCCCGAGCCUUUUAUAUCAGGGCCUACUCGUCGGCCUCUUUAUUAAUGGCGUCGCACGCUGGGGCUUCGCGUCCAUUUUGCAAACCGCUGUCGCGCUUCAGGGGGACGCUCAGCUCGGCACUGGCCUUGUCUCCGUCCUACCACCCAUCAUCAACGGCACGAACGUUACCUUCGCAUGGGAAGGUCUAGUACGUGGUUACGAAGGCGUCAGCGUUCUGGUCAAUGACGUUGAGCGCUUCAGAGGCUUUCACAAGGACGGCGAUAAUAAUUUCACGUGGGCAAGACAUGCGAUGGAUCAUCCAGAGUACUUCAGAUUUGGCUUUAUAAACUACCUACCGUUUGGAGGGGUCACGUAUAGCGAUUUCACCAAAGCGGGUAUUUGGUGGCCCAACGGGAGUUGGACGGAUAUACCGCCUGGAGCUAGCUGA